GGACCUUUUAGGAGCAUUUCUGUGCGCGGCUGCUCUUGUGCACCAGGCAGCACGCGUGCUGCUGGUUCUGUCCGUUUCGAGACGAUAAGAGUCCAUGAGAGCGAGUAGGAUGGCGAAUUGCUUCUAGCGGCAAUCGUGCGAACUAAUUAGACACGAUUACACUGGAACAUGCAAUAAAUCCUCAGCACUGCGGUAUGGAGGGAUCCCAGAAUACCCAACCGAGCAGAGCGCAGCUCCAGAGUCCCUGAGCUUUUCAAGAAUUUGUCUCAAGUACGGCUGUCAAGAAUCAUGGACUGUUUUCACCUGCCUUGUUUUCUAGACACCAUGAUUCCUGGUAACCGAAUGCUGAUGGUAAUUUUAUUAUGCCAAGUCUUGCUGGGAGGUAAUGCUAGUCUGAUACCCGAGGAAGGAAGGAAGAAGUUCGCUGAGCAAAACCAGGCGGGUGGACGUCGCUUUCCGCAAAACCAUGAACUGCUACGGGAAUUCGAGGCCACUUUACUUAACAUGUUCGGAUUGCAACGACGCCCACAGCCCAGCAAAUCUGCCGUCAUUCCCCAGUACAUGCUGGAUCUGUACAGGCUUCAGUCUGGGGACGAGAUCACCCACGACAUCAACUUCGAUUAUCCCGAGAUAUCGGCGAGCCGGGCUAACACCGUGAGGGGCUUCCAUCACGAAGACCACUUGGAGUUGGUGCCAGGCUGGAGGCAAGACUUCACGUUUCGUUUUGUGUUUAAUAUCAGCGCGGUUCCCGAGAACGAAGUGCUUUCUUCUGCCGAGCUGAGAGUCUACCGGGAGCGGAUCGACAGCGCCUUGAACUGGGAUGAGGGCUUCCACCGCAUCAACGUCCAUGAGAUCAUGAGAGCCCCCAGCAAGAAGGGUGACCUCAUCACCAGACUUUUGGAUACCAGGUUGGUCCACCAGAACAGGACGCAGUGGGAGAGCUUUGACGUGAGCCCGGCCGUGCUGAGAUGGACCAUGCACAAACAACCCAACCACGGGCUGGCGGUCGAAGUGAUUCACCUGAACGAGACCAGAAGCCAGCAAGGCUCGCACGUUAGGAUUAGCAGAUCGCUGCACCAGGGUGGAGUGGGGGGAGGAGGAGGAGGAGGAGGAGAAGAAGGAGGAGGAGGAGGAGGAGAUUGGUCGCAGCUCAGGCCUUUGCUUGUAACUUUCAGCCACGAUGGCAAGGGACACGCUCUCACCCGGAGGGUGAAACGAAGCAACAAAAGCCAGAGACGCAAGAAAAACAAAUCACACUGCAGGAGGCACUCGCUCUAUGUGGAUUUCAGCGAUGUGGGCUGGAAUGACUGGAUAGUGGCACCGCCUGGUUACCAAGCCUUUUACUGUCACGGUGACUGCCCAUUCCCACUGGCAGAUCACCUGAAUUCAACCAACCACGCCAUCGUGCAGACUCUUGUAAAUUCUGUAAAUUCCAACAUCCCCAAGGCUUGCUGCGUCCCCACAGAACUCAGCCCUAUCUCAAUGCUCUACUUGGACGAAUAUGACAAAGUUGUGCUGAAAAACUAUCAGGAGAUGGUAGUAGAGGGAUGCGGAUGCCACUGAGGAGGGGGGGGGGGAAAUACUACUAAUAAUUAACUUUUUAUGAUGUCUGGACACUAUUCGUAACACAGACGUUCACCAUUACAUUAUUUAUGACUUAUGUGCAAAUGUUGACCAUAUGAUCAUAUAUUUUGACAAAAUAUAUUUAUAACUACAUAUAAAAGGAAAAAAAAUAAAAGUGAGUCAUAUUUUAAACGUAAAAGAAAUUUCUGUACAACGUCUUUGUUAACUUUGUAUAUUAGAAUGUAUAUGUUUAAAUGGGAAUAUAGAAAAUUUGUUCAUAAAUGUGUACUAUUUAUUAUUUUUCACUUCUAAAAUAGUAAGAUCACAGUGUGUAAAUGUAUACGCAAUUAGAAAUAUAGGAGGCUUACUAAUGUGUCUCUUUAUUCGAAAGGAAGCGCUUUAAGCGUGGGUGUUGUCAUUGUUUUUAUGGGGAGAAAGAACUUGAUUUGCAAAAGGUGUAAAACGGAGGUUAGGAUAUACAUAUGAACAACGUGUGAAUGAAUCGAGUUCUCAUGCUAAGACUCUCGGUGAAAAUAGGUGAUCUGAUUCCAGAAAACUGUUGAAUGGCAAAAGAAUAGCCCAUAAAGGAAGUGUGUGUGUGUGUGAGUGUGUGUGUGUGUGGGGGGGGGGGGGGGGCAGGAGAAAUGUCGCUUCCAAAUGGCUUGAUCCAUCUUCCUACUUUUUAUAUAGUAAUCGUGGGCUGCAUGUUAUUCAUUUCACAGGCAUUUCAAACCCUGAGAAGAACAUCUUAAGAAAAAAAGAAAACCAAAAAUGAUAUUUUAAUAUAUAUAUAUAUUAGGUCCCUAUUAAAACAAACUGUUCAUGUACCAAGCUAAUAUAUUAAACCGAAUUUCUCCCCUGA